AUGGACUGGAAGAAGAAAUCCAAGUUCCAGACAUUUAAAAAAUUGUUUGCCCGGAAAAAAAGGAAGGAGCCACAAAGUGCAGGAGUAGAAGAUGGCCUGAAGGGAAGCCAGUCGAGUGACGAUGUCAGCAAAGCUUCAGAGAAUAAUGCGCUCACUCGCUCAGAGAAGGAUAAGGGAUCUGGGUCUAAGAUCAGUUUGGGCAACAAGGCCUUGUCACACGACUCAGUUUUCGUGUCCGACUCAUCGGAAGCUAAUGAGGGUCUUGGGGCUUCUCAAGACAGCAUUAGCGGGAAAGUUAAAUCCCUUCAGCUGCAGCUGAAGCAGGCCAUCAGACUGGGUUCACCUCCAUCCCUGAUGUGUGUAAAGAAGUCAGACGAUGCUGGAACCAUGUCUGAGGAUGACGGCCUACCCUGCAGCCCACCUGAUUUUACGCCCCUUCAUUCAGUCAAGGGCAAUGGUGACAGGAACAGCUCAAACAGUCUGCAUAGGAUCGAUGGCGAUGAACAGCCGUCCUGCGCAGCCUCAAGCCGAGCCGUGAGCCCCCUGGUGGUUCCCGGGGACUUCAGCCAGCCAGCCAGUCCCUUCGUCUGUCUGGAUAACUCUGCUGCAAAGCACAAGCUGGGCCUAAGAAACAAAGCCUGCAACAAGAGGAAACCUGCCCGACGGCUGGAGCUGAAGGCGGAGGGCGACUCUGCAGUGGAGGAAGAGUUGACCGUCUCCAUGAUAGAGGCUGAAGUUUCAGAGGAACAAGAACCACAAAGGGCAGAAGAUGAGAGCGGCGAUCAGCUGAAGCCUACAGUAGAAAGUGAAGAGGAAGAGGACGACGAAGACAGCGAAGCCAAGAAGGAUUCCUCAGAAUUCCCUCGGGUGGAUAAAGAGGGAGAAGAUGAGCCGGAAGCAGAGCAGGAUGUUUCCCACGCCCCAGACGCUUCCUGUCCUCCAGAAUCUCCCGUCUCCAGCCUCUCUGAGGAGGAAGCCUCUGAUGAUCUGCAUGUUCACUCCUCCAGUUCCUCCUCCUCCUCCUGCUCUCUGGACAGUCCCAGUGUCACACCAGAGCCCCCUGCUGGUCCGAGGGAGCAUCUGACAGAUCCUCCAGGCUUUUCAGAUUCAGCUGAUAACCAAUAUGAAAGUGACUCUUCUUCAGGAGAAGACAUGGUGCAGGAAAGCAGGGAGGAGGACGGCUCCUUCUUAGAGGAGGUGCUGAGCUCCUUGAAGGCCUCUCACUCCCCUGACGUGGAGAUCAGAGGCUUUGAUCUGGAGGUGGAGAAGACAGAGGAGAAACAGGUUGAAACUGAUGAAAGAGUGGAGAUAAAGGGAGAGGAAGCAGAAGUGGAGGAUUCUGCUGGUUGUGAGGCUGCAGUCUGGUGUCCUGCCACGUCUGAUCAGACCGCAGAGGAGAACGAGCAGCAGCAGGAGGAGGAGGAGGAGGAGAACGAGGUGGAGGAAGAGGAAGAAGAGGAGGUUCCUCUCAAUUCACAGCAAGAGGAAGAGGUUGUGGUUGAAGAGGAGGUGAAAAGCACAGAGGAAGAAACUGAGGAGGAGGAGGAGGAGGAGAUUAUUGUGGAGCGAUUCCUUCAACAUAGCGACGAGGAGGAGGCAGAGGGAGGGGAAUCGGAGGAAGAGAACAACGUGGUUUUAUCUGAAACUGUUAGCCAGGAGGAGACGGAGGAGGGGAAGGAGAACCCGGAGGAGGAGAAGGCCGAAACUGUUGAGGAAAAGUGGGAGGACAGGCAGGAAGAAGAAGGCGGUGCUAAAGUGGAUGUGGUAGAAGAAGGAGAGGAUGAAGAGGAACUGAGGGAGGUGGUCCAUGAGUCGGAGGAUGAGGAGGCUCAGAGGGGCUCGCCUCUUCAGGGAGCAGCUGAAGAAGAUGACGCUGCCACAAAUACAGACGAUGGAGUACCUGCCAGGAGGGAUGAGGAGGAAGAAAUGUUGAAGGAGGACUCUGGACCUGAGGAGGAGGAGGAGGUGAUGCUCAGGGAUCAGGAAUCCGAAGAUGAAGAAGAGCAAGAGGUGGAAGGAGGUGCUUUAGAUGUAAAACAGGAGGAGCUGGAGCAGGAGAGGGAGGAAACCAGCCCCCUCAUCUAUGUGGAUCCAGUAGAAGCUUCCUCCAAACCUCCUCCUUUACCUCUUUCAGAGUCACGCUCCUCCUCCCAGUCUGAUGAAGCUCCCAUCAGCUCCCCCAGUAAGACCAGCAGCUUAAACAUCAACCUCGUCUCCCCCACCGCAGAGAAAACUGCCUCUCCACUGGAGCUCCGUCCGCCUGUCGCUGACCCAGCAGAGUCGGCUGAAACCGAGGAGCAACCAGAGGCUGAGAAAGACGAAGAAGAGCAGCGUUCAGAGCAGGAGGCCAGCCGUCCACCUCCUGCCGCCGUGCAGGAAGUAAGAUCAGAGAAGCCCACAGAUCAGAGUAAAGCCCGCUUUACCGUCGCCCCCGCCUGGCAGAGGUUACAGAAUGCCCCCGCAUCCCCGUCUGCUGGACCAGCCCCCCAGGACGGCGAGCUGGAGGCUGCGGGUCCGAAGGAUCCGGAGCUGAAGGCAGAGCCCAGCAGCCCGGCGAAGGCUGAGCCGCUGCAGAGUCCAGGCAGGGGGAGGAGCUCAGGAAGCUUUACUUCCAAACUGCAAAGCUCCACACCGACUGAACCCCCGACUGCAGCAAGAGCAGCAGAGGGCGCUGCAGCGGCGGAGGCCAACCCCAACAGUCCUUUCGGAGUUCGGCUGAGGAAGACGACGGCUCUGCUGCGGCUCGGCUCAGAAGAGGCCAAUUCAGAGCCUCAAGUUGAGUCGCCAACCCAUGUGCCCUCCUUUAAAAAUGAGUCACCACAACCAAUCAGCAACAAGCCCGCUCUCAGCCAACCAAUCAGCAACAAGCCCUCUGUCAGCCAACCAAUCAGCAACAAGCCCGCUCUCAGCCAACCAAUCAGCAACAAGCCUGCUCUCAGCCAACCAAUCAGCAACAAGCCUGCUCUCAGCCAACCAAUCAGCAACAAGCCUGCCCUUCCUAAAAAGCCAGAGGUCCCUGGAGACGCUGGAGUCAAACUGAGGCGCAUCUCAGAACCGGCUUCACCCCGAGGUGCUUCAGGUGGAUCCGACCCUCCCAGCUGGAUCUCUGUGGCCAAACAGAAACAGAAGGUCUAUAAAGAAACCCCACUGAAUGAGAUCACUGUCAAGAAGGAGGAACAGGAGAAAAAGCCGACGAGUCUGAGUAACAGCAAACCGGUUGGAGCCUCCAGCAAAGUUGCCGUAGAAAAGGAGAACAGAAGGACCCUCUCUGUUGCGACCCCAGUACCACCUCAGACACCCAAACCCCAGGCUCCCCCCACCCCAGCGAAGCCCACACCCCACACAGACUCGCCCCGGAUGCCCCCCUCCUCUCCCGCUCCAGCAUCCACACCCUUGAAGUCUCCCGCUUCCACGACGCCGUCUGUUCCCUCCAAACCCCGCUCACUCACCUCCCCGCCCUUUUCACCAUCGGCCGUCCCAGAAAAGCCCGCCUCCAGACCCUCGGCGCUCUCCCGGCAGGGGGGCUCGCCUUCCACUGCCCUGCCGCAGGACGAGCCACCCUGGAUGGCGCUCGCCAAGAAGAAGGCCAAAGCCUGGAGCGAGAUGCCGCAGAUUGUUCAGUGACGGGUCGAUGCUGUAGGCUCUGGCACUGCGUUUGGCUUCAGGCUUUCUGAUUGGACCUGCAGCCUCUGAUUAACCUCUUGCUUCGCCACCGCUACGCUGUCCGGAUGCUGUAUCCAGAUUACUUUUAGCCCUAUUGCUGUCAAAUACGGUGCCUAAAAUGAGAUGAAUAACAGGAAACCACUCAGCUGUAAAUGUUAACUUUAUCUAAAUCAAUAGACCAGACCAGGUCUGCUAAGGACGCAUGAGAGGAAAACAUCUUGGCGGCAGCAGAAAGACGAAGGGGUAAGGUCAGGUUCAUCCUGGAAGGAGCGGACAUAUUACAGAAAGUCUUCCAGGAUCACUAGUUGCUCUCUAACAUUAUUUACAGAAGCUAAACUAAUGAUUGCUGCAUCAGCAGGUGCAGAUUAUUCAUUCUGAUGUCAGUAGAUUCCAGUUUUACUGUAUUUUCAUUUUUUUCUAGGAGUUUCUGUUUUUUUCAGUUCUUAAACCACAGGAUACAUGCUAACAUCCCACAGACGUGAUCUCUCCUGUCCAGUAGUGAAAGGGAGCGGCUUUGCACCACCACUCAGUUUCAGUGAUUAGGGUGAUGGUCAAGAGGAGAGCAAGAGACUUUUUGUCAAACAGUAACUAUAAAUGUGUUCCAUUUUUUUUAUUUUGUAUCGCCUUUGGAGAAAUUGUCUUGUACAUAAAAUGUACAGUUA